UCUCUUUCCCGAGUCAUGAUGAUUUCCGUCGUGUCCACAGUGGGGAGCCUUCCAAGAGACACGGGGACCUCGGCACCGAGCGUGUACCAGCGGAUCAGGAAGGUCUUGAGCAGGGACCUGCUGGUGACAUUGGCCUUAGGUCAGGUCCUGUCCCUUUUGGUCUGUGCCAUUGGGCUGACUAGCAAAUACCUGGCUGAUGACUUCCACGCCAGCACUCCAGUGUUCCAGAGCUUUCUCAACUACAUCUUGCUGUUUCUGGUCUACACCACUACACUGGCAGUCAGGCAAGGUGAAGGAAACUUGUUGGCCAUUUUGAAGCAGAGCUGGUGGAAGUACAUGAUUCUAGGUUUCAUAGACAUCGAGGCCAACUACCUGAUACUAAAAGCUUACCAAUACACAACACUGCCCAGUGUACAGCUGUUGGACUGCUUUGUCAUCCCAGUUGUCCUGCUGCUGUCUUGGUUCUUUCUUUUGGUGAGGUACAAGGCCGUACACAUUGUAGGCACAGUACUGUGUCUUUUGGGUAUUGGGUGCAUGGUAGGGGCUGACAUCCUUCUUGGCCGGCAGGAGAGCCACGGGGAACAAAAGCUGUUUGGUGAUCUGUUAGUUUUGGGAGGAGCAACUUUGUACGGGAUUUCCAAUGUUUGUGAGGAGUUCAUAGUGAAGAACCUGAGUCGUGUGGAGUUCCUGGGAAUGAUGGGUCUCUUUGGAUCAUUUUUCAGUGGCAUCCAACUGGCCAUAAUGGAACACAAAGAACUGCUGAAGAUUCCCUGGAACUGGCAGAUAGGUCUUCUUUAUAUGGGCUUCAGUGCCUUCAUGUUUAGCCUGUACAGCUUCAUGCCGCUGGUAAUGAAGAAGACGAGUGCCACCUCGAUCAACCUCUCUAUUCUCACAGCUGACCUAUACAGUCUCUUCUGUGGCCUCUUCCUCUUUCAUUACAGGUUUUCUUGCCUCUAUUUGUUGUCAGUCUUCAUCAUUAUGUUGGGCCUGGUGGUUUAUUCCUCUGAAUCCACCUAUGUGGUUCACGACCCCCGAGUCUACAAGCAGUUCAGGAACAUUCAUUGUACCAGUGACCCUCUCCAGCCCAGUCAUAGAGUCUUGGAGCCUUCAGUAGCAUACACCAGUUUGGGCCCUGAGUCAGGGGAGGAACCUACUUUACGUGUAAUCUAAGAUGGGCUAUGGGAUUCUUGACGAGUGGAAGAUAAUGUGGGAUACAAAUGUAUGCAUGGUUUGGUCCUCUGUUUUGUACAAUGAGUUGUUUCUAGUCUGUUGAGCUGGUGAAAUUGACUGAUCACUUACUCUAUGAUCUAUGUAUUGAUUUUAUGGUCUGAACCAAGGGAUAAGG